AUGUCUGUAGAAGGUACAGAUACCCCCACGGAUUCCCGUGCAGGAACUACAGCGCCCGAGUCUACCGUCCCUUCCUCGCCACUCGCAGACGCAACCGAGCCUGAAGACUCGAACCCCUCAGACAAUAAAGAUCUCGAUGCGAAGGCCGAAUUGACAGAUUCAGAAGAUGUGGAGGGGAUGGACAGCAAGGCCAAAGCUUUAAUGCACUUGUUGAAAACUAGCUCCGUCUUUGUUGCAAUUAUGUCGGAUAAAAUGAAAAAGCAACAAGAAGAAGCAAGAUUGGCCGCGAUAAAGCACCAUCAACAAGCUGCCGCAAGCCAGAAGAAACCCAAGUCUCCUACAGAGCCUGCCCGCCGCGCUACUCGAACUCGGCAGAAACAAGAUGCCGCGGAGGAGAAUCCACCUGCUGGCGAAGAAGAUGUAGACGAGAAGAAACCUACAUCAAAUCGGGGUCGACCUAAGCGAGCUGCCGCAGCUGCAGCUAAUGGCAAUGCGAUCUCAAACUACUUCAAAAAGGCGGAUGUAGAAGUGACUGAUGACAAUCCCUCGGUCCAGCAAGCCCUUGAACAGGCUGCUGACGAAUAUGAGGCGAAACCCACUGCUCUGGGUGAGCAGGACCUUGUUGCAACACAGCAACCCUCGCUGGUCAGUGGUGGCAAGAUGAGAAAAUACCAGUUAGAGGGCCUCGAAUGGCUUAAAACCUUGUGGAUGAACGGACUCUGCGGCAUUUUGGCCGACGAGAUGGGUCUUGGAAAGACUGUACAGGCAAUUUCUAUGAUCGCUUUCCUGAAAGAGAAGAAAGUUUCGGGUCCGUUUUUGAUUGCAGCGCCAUUGAGUACUGUGAGCAAUUGGGUGGAUGAGUUCGCCCGGUGGACCCCCGACAUUAAAACGGUCUUGUAUCAUGGCUCAAAGGAUCAGCGAGCUGAUAUUCGAAACAAGCACAUGAAAAUGAAGAAUCAGGGAGACAUGGACUUUCCGGUGGUAUGCACAUCUUACGAGAUCUGUAUGAACGAUCGAAAGUUUUUGGCUCAAUAUCAGUGGCGUUAUAUCGUUGUGGAUGAGGGACAUCGCUUGAAAAACAUGAACUGCAAACUCAUCAAAGAGCUGUUGACUUAUAACUCAGCCAACCGUCUUCUCAUCACCGGAACUCCGCUGCAAAACAAUAUCUCUGAGUUGUGGUCACUUCUGCAUUUCCUACUUCCAGAAGUCUUCAAUGAUCUUAACUCAUUCGAGAGUUGGUUUGAUUUUUCUUCCGUUCUGGACAACAGAGGCCAGGCAGAGCUUGUUGAAAAACGCAAGCGUAAUUUGGUCACCAGCAUGCACGCCAUCCUUAAGCCUUUCCUGCUUCGACGUCUCAAAACUGACGUGGAGACCUCGCUCCCUAAGAAGCGGGAGUAUAUUUUGUACGCCCCUCUUACCCCCGAGCAAAAAGAUCUCUAUCGAGAGAUCAUCAAUGGUACAGGUCGCCAGUAUCUCGAGGGCAAGGCUUUUGAGCGCCUAGAGAGCAAGAGCCGUGGCUCCCGCAGCUCCACACGCUCGCAAAGCUUGAAGCGCAAACGGAAUGGCAGUAGCAAUACAACUCCAUCGAAGAGUGCCAAGUCAAGCGGCACAUCCACCCCUACUAGCAAUGGAAAUCAAUCCACCCGGCGCCGACGCAGCACGCGUCAGAAUUACAACGAUCUGAGCGAUGAAGAGUUCGAUGAACAUCUCCGUAAACUCGAGCUGGGGAUUGAAGAAGAGGAAAAGGAAGCCGAGCCCAGCGAUGCUGAGGUUGAAGAGAUGGAGCGGGCUAAAAAUUUGAAGCUUGCUAAGAAGGAAAUUGCGCAAAAGAAGAUGCAAAAUCCGGUUCUGCAGGCUCGACUCGCCUGUAACUCUCCACAUAAUUUUUAUUGGCCUUGGAUGGACGAGGACUCAUCUGUAGAUGAAACACUCGUCUCAGCCUCCGGCAAGAUGCUCUUGCUGGACCGCUUAGUCUCAUGCCUCCUUGAGAAGGGCCACAAGAUUCUCAUCUUUUCUCAAUUUAAAACACAACUUGAUAUCAUUGAAGAAUGGGCAACUGAACUACGCUCCUGGGAAUGUUGCCGAAUCGAUGGCGCUAUCGCGCAGUCAGAGCGACAGGAGCAAAUCAAAAGCUUCAACACAAAGGAGAGUCACAAGAUCUUCCUCCUUAGCACUCGAGCUGGUGGUCAGGGAAUCAACCUGGUUGCCGCAGACACCGUCAUUCUAUUUGACUCGGAUUGGAACCCACAGCAGGAUCUCCAAGCCCAGGACCGAGCCCACCGUAUCGGCCAGACCAGACCCGUUAUCAUCUACAGAUUGGCCACAAAGGGAACCGUCGAGCAGACAUUACUCGAAAAGGCAGAUUCCAAGCGCCGUCUUGAACGCCUGGUAAUCCAGAAAGGCAAGUUCCGCUCCUUGCUCGACCCCAGCGCGAAUAUCCAGGAGAUCGAUGAAUUGCGCAAGGUUCUCGGUGAGGAUGAGUUCGAGCGGUUUGAGGUUGGCGCAGACGCUGCGUCGAUUCUGUCGAAUGAGGAUCUUGAGAUCUUGACCAAUCGUUCUGAGGAGGCUUACUCUCGUGCUGAGAAGGGUCUUGAUCGAAAAGGAGCUGCGUUUGUUGCUGUUGAAACUAAGACGGAUGAUGAGAGCCUCCUGUCUUGA